AUGGCCUUCCCCAACUCUGGUUUGAAGAGAAAGCUACCGCGGCAGCUAUCGAUGUCGGCCUGCUCACCUGUCUGUGUGGCUCUGCUGUCCCUCCUCCUCGCACCGGCAUUUGGACAACUAGACCUCAACCGAUUGGAUGGCGAUAACGUCUGCCCACCAAUGAGAAGUGGACAAGACGAUCUUCCAGGUUUUGAUCUGAUCACCCAGUUCCAGCUGGAUGUGAUCCCUCUGAAAGGUGUGAGGAAGGUGGACGGCUCCACUACCCUUCAGGUGGCCUACCGCCUCGACAGGGAGGCCAACUUCCAAAUUCCAACAAUGCUGAACUUCCCUCGCGGCUUCCCUGACGAGUACUCCGUCAUGGUGACCUUCCGUAUGAUCAAGAACACAGUGAGCAAAGUGUGGAACGUCUGGCAAAUAGUGGACGAAGACGGCUACAAACAAGCCGGACUGAGGCUCAACGGGGACCAGCAGGCUCUGGAGUACUUCCUGAUGGGCGCUGAUGGCAACCUGCAGACCGUCACCUUCCCCGGCCUUUCUGUGCUUUUCAACACCAAAUGGCACAAAGUGAUGAUUGGCGUGGAGCGCGACCAGGUCACUCUGUACGUGGACUGCCAGCCUGUGGAUCAGAGGCCCAUCAAGGGGAAAGGCCCCAUCAACACAGAGGGAGACACACUUAUUGGCAGGCUGGAUGCUGAUCCCGACGCCUCCGUAGUGUUUGAACUCCAGUGGAUGUUGAUUCACUGUGACCCGAAGAGGGCCCAGAGAGAGAGCUGCAACGAGCUGCCUGCCACCGAGAUGUAUGCCAAUGCUGAGCCUGACAAAUCAAUCCAAGGCCCCCCAGGAGUCUCUGGCCCAGAGGGCCCCCGAGGGCCAUCAGGAGAAAACGGCAGGGAUGGAAGAGAUGGUCUUCCAGGUUCAACUGGCAGUCCAGGCAAUCCUGGCAGCAAAGGAGAGCAGGGGGAGAUCGGUCUUCCUGGACAGAGAGGUCUGCCUGGCCUUCAAGGAACAAGUGGUUCUUCUGGUCCAAUGGGUCCCAGAGGCCUUGUAGGGGAGAGAGGUCUUCCUGGCUUCCCUGGACCCCAAGGUCCUCCUGGCCCAGCAAGUGAAGGACCCCCUGGACCAUCAGGGAAACCGGGAAUCCCAGGAGAUGAAGGAAACAUCGGGCCUGAGGGUCAACCUGGACCCAGAGGGCUAGCCGGCACCUCAGGGCUUCCUGGCCCUCCUGGUCCACCAGGGCCAGCGGGACCGCCUGGUGCCAGCAUUGAGGGAAGUGGGGAACCUUGUCCUGCUGCCUGCCCUGCUGGGCGACAGGGAGUGGCUGGUCGACCAGGGAUAAAGGGAUAUGCAGGUUUGCCUGGUGAACCUGGAAAAGAUGGAACGUCCGGAGAAAAGGGAGAAGCUGGACUGCUAGGUGCUCAGGGGCCACCAGGACGCAUGGGAGAUGACGGGCAAAGAGGGCCAAUUGGAUUCCCUGGAACCCUGGGAGAAAAGGGAGACAGAGGUACUCCUGGUUUCAAUGGUGUCCCGGGACCUACCGGCCCACCUGGAGCUCCUGGUGUGGAGGGAAUCCGUGGACGUCAAGGUUUGGAAGGGCCCAAGGGUGACGAGGGCGCUAUGGGACCUCAAGGAGAGCAAGGUCCUUCAGGGGAAAAAGGAGACGCUGGAGUGUCUGGUAAAGAUGGCUUGGAUGGAAUGCCUGGAAUUGAUGGAGCUAAGGGACAGCCUGGUACUGCAGGAGCUGUUGGUGGCAGGGGGAUUGUGGGUAUUCCGGGCCUGCCAGGAAAGCAGGGACUAGUUGGACCCUCUGGUCCAAAGGGCGAUGCUGGUGAUGAGGGACCCAUCGGCCCAGUUGGACCUCUCGGAAAGACUGGUGAGCCUGGAGAAGAUGGAGAAGAUGGGAAACAAGGAGAUAAAGGAGCAACCGGUGCAGCAGGAAAACAAGGGCCAGUGGGACCUGCUGGUCCUCCAGGCAUCAAUGGUGACAAAGGAGAUAAAGGUGAUACUGGUGCCUAUGGACUGAAGGGUCAUCCUGGACACAAAGGGGAUCAGGGGCCUAUAGGACCAAUGGGACCAAAAGGAAGUAUGGGGGACACAGGUAUACAGGGAGAUUCAGGCGUCAAGGGAGACCAGGGCCCGCCUGGUGUUACUGGAAUCAAAGGAGAGCAUGGUGAGAAGGGCCUACGAGGAGCGACAGGAGAUGAGGGGAGAGCAGGCCGGCCGGGGCACGAGGGUUUGUCUGGUCCAAUGGGAUCUCGAGGGAUGGAGGGUGAACCAGGCCUUCCCGGAUCACCAGGCCCCAGAGGUCUACCUGGCCCAAAAGUGAACGAUGAGAAGCUUCGGGAAAUGUGCUCAGCCGUUCUUGAAGAACAAAUGGCAGAGUUUAUGAAAGAGUUUCUAAAGAAGCCGGCAGCCAUUGGUUCCCCUGGUACUCCUGGACCCUCAGGACUUCCUGGUCCCCCUGGACCAGCCGGAGUUUCAGGACCAGCAGGGGCUCCAGGGCUCAACGGUGCCAAAGGCCAUCCAGGCUUUUAUGGACUUCCAGGCGGACCAGGCAAAAAAGGUGACGCUGGGGAAAAGGGAGAAAAGGGAGAAAAGGGAGAGGACGGUUUAGGAAUCAAAGGAAGCCAAGGUGCUCCAGGUGUACCAGGCCCACAAGGUGCUGCUGGCAUUGGCAAAAAUGGCAAAAAUGGACAACGUGGUGAGACAGGAACCCCUGGUGUCCCAGGAGCAGCAGGACCACAGGGACCUUCAGGGCCGCAAGGCCUUUGUGAUCCAUCAACCUGUAUAGGCAGACUUCCGCCUUUCUAUAUGGUCAGUGGAAAGAAGUCUGCCGGCUAUAAAAACUAA